UGGCAACCUAGUCUAAUGGCGGCGCCCACAAAGUUGUUAUGGCAGCACGCGAGGUUAGUUUUGUUUCGACCGAAGAAGCGGCUGCGAAGUUAAAGCUCACAAAGUCAGAGAGAAAAGCUCGUCGAAAAGUCGCAAGAUGUGCCCGGAUCAUCCGCGAGAACACCGGCGUCGACGUGUGCGACUAUCCUACCAGGUUUCUAGUGCUCAACAACUGUGGAAUGGUUUGCGGCGGGAGCUACGAGGCCAUCUACAGCGAACUUCACUGCUACGGCAGCAUACAAGACAUCUUGCUCAUUCCCGGUCAACCUUUUGCCGUAGUGGUAUUCGAGGAUGUUGACUCUAGCGCUGCCGCGGCUUCUUAUCUGAGCAGCAACGUACCAACGUUCGCUAAAGACCCAGUGUUUCCUGCAUUCAUUGAACGAGCGCCAAGCAUCAGAGGAAACGCGUGUAGCAACCUGUUUGAUGACAGACAACUGCCGGAGGGAUUGAAGCUUAUUGAAGAUGCCGUCACCGAGCACGAGGCCACCGACCUAGCACAACUGAUCACGUGGGGUGACCCGGAAGAGUCACAAGCUCUUCGUCAGCGGGAAGUGCGCCAUUUUGGCUAUGCUUUCGACUACAGCCUACAGGGAGUACAGAAAGAUGCGCCACUGUCCGAAUGCAUUCCCAACGAAUGCGCGCCGUUCUUGGAUCGGCUUGUCGCUGCCGGUCACUUGGACAGACUUCCUGACCAGCUGACUGUGACCCGCUACCUCCCUGGACAGGGAAUCCCUCCACAUGUCGACAGCCACGAAUCCUUUGACGACGACAUCGUGCUGCUUAGCUUGGGCUCUUCAAUUGUGAUGAACUUCCGGCACCCCGACGGCCGCCAAGUGGCGCAAGUACUGCCUCCUUGCAGCGCGCUGAUUCUGUCUGGCGACAGCCGCUACGUGUGGUCUCACGGUAUCGCGUCGCGCAAGUUUGACGUCGUUCCAAGAUCCGGUGGCUCGGACAGCGGCAUAACCCUUUCUCAGCGCGGCGUCCGAGUCUCGUACACGUUCAGGCACAUACGAAGAGGGAGCUGCAAAUGUGGAAACGCCUUGCUGUGCGAUUCUCAUCGUUUUGGAAACCAAGACAAUGCAACUGCUCUGAGGCUAGAAACGGAGCACGUCUACAAGGUGUAUGAAAACAUAGCAGAGCAGUUCAGCGACACCAGGUAUAAACAGUGGCCCAAAGUUGCAGAGUUCCUGGAUUCAUUGGAACAAGGCUCACUUUUGCUCGACGCUGGCUGCGGCAAUGGCAAGUACCUCACAGGUCACGACAAGCUGCUGAAGCUUGGUUUCGACCGCAGCCAACGGCUCUGCGACAUUUGUCGGCAUCGUGGACUGGAAGUUCUUCAAGCCGAUGUGCUGCAGAUGCCAUUUAGAAGGGGUGUCUUUGAUGCCUGCAUCAGCAUAGCUGUUCUGCAUCAUCUAUCUACCAUUGAGCGUCGAGAGGCGGCAGUGCGCGAAAUCCUCCGCGUGCUGCGGCCUGGCGGGCGUGCGCUUGUCUACGUCUGGGCCUUGGAGCAGAACAACCCCGGUGGUGAAGAAGAAGGCGCGCUGUCAAAAUAUCUGAACCCCAACAAAGCUGCCGCCAACUGUGAAAGUUACGUCGAGUCUCCGGAAACAUCAGCAUUGCCCGUGCACUGCAACCGAACUCAGUUUCAGGCCCGGGACAUGUUGGUGCCUUGGCAUUCCAAGAAUACGCAAGAGACCCACUACAGGUAUUACCACUUGUUCCAGCAUGGAGAACUUCGAGAGUUGCUUGAAAGCGUGGCUCCAGGCUGUGUUGAGAGUGAAUAUCAUGACCAGGGCAACUGGUGCGCAGUGAUCGUCAAACAAGGCUUGGUUAGAGACAAAGUUGUCGUUGCCAGCUGAUGCACGGAAACAAUGAAGUGUGUCCAUAAAAACAUAGGUUUUCAAAA